AUGUAUCUGUUAGGCAACGACGGUCACCGUGAUAAAGCACGCCCUCAACGCACUAGCGACACUGAUAUCGUCAAGAGUUGCCCAAAGAUAAAACAAAGAAACAAAAGAACCCAGCGGGUUUUUUUGAACGAUGCUGAGAUACUCGUACGAGAGCUCACAGGCUGCUCACACCGAGACCUAGAGACGUCCCAUGGCACAGCAGAACGCUGCGCGCUUAAGACCAGUAACGGGCGAUGGAAGCUAACGCCGCCCGAGAGAAGGGAGGCACCGGCGGGCGGCGCGGAGCAGAGCGCUCCUUCCCCUCGGGCACGUCCCGCUCUUCGGGCACAUCAGAUGCAAAACGAGCGAGCAGCCAAGCCGCUGCCCCCCGGGCGGGGCGCGCUCUCUGACCCGGAGCGCGGCCGGCGCCGCUCGCGCGCCACCGUUCGAACGCGGCGGAGGCGGGAAGAAGAGUCCCGUUGCCGCUGGUGGCGGGUCCCGCGCCGCCCCUGCAGGAUGUCCGCCGAGGGGAGUGGCCCCGGGGCUGCUGCGGCGGGCGGAGGAGAGCCCAAGACAAAGAGGAAAGGAGGAAGAGUCGUGAAGUCUCGCUACCUGCAGUACCAGAAGGACGCCCAGAGGCAUUUGGAUUCCUCCCUGUUGCAGUCACAGCAUACAGUUCAGUCUUACCUGUUUCUUGAUUGUCAGGGUGCUUCAGCAAGGUCCACUUCUAAACCGUCAUCUGCAGCUACACCAAGAUUAGUUUCUUCUCGGAAAUGUAAAACUCCUGCUGGUGUUGCCUCCAGCUCAUUAAAUAAAGGUAAUUUUGAGAAACGUUACUUGCAGUCCACUUUACUAGAUGAGGCUAAAAGUGAUCUGCCGGACAUAGAUCUUUCAGCUGUUAGUGAUAAAAGCAUGCGCAAAAAGCCUUCUGAUUCAAAACCUGCUCAGAAAAAAGGUACAUGUCGAGACUUUGAAGCAGAGGAAAGUGAUCCUGAUGAUGCAAUAGAAGAACUGGAAUCUCAGACACUGCUUUUAACUUACCUAAGACUAAAGGCAGAAAAAAACCUUUCCAAGCUGGAGAAAGAAGCAGAAAAAAACUUGUUAGUGUUGUAUGAAGAAAAGGAGAGAGAACAUAAGAAGCUCUGUGAGUUGAAGCGUGACAUUCUACUCCAAGAAAGAGAGCAAAAACUUAAUGAUGCAUUAGACAAACAGAUGGAUUUACUUUCUUCCCUUCUUCCUGUUUGUGAAGAACUUCAAGAGAAGUAUAAAAGAUUUGCAGUUUCCCUGGAUGCCACUAGACAUGAAUUACCCAUAAAGAAUAUUCACAUAGAAGGAGAUAUGCAAAAAUACCUUGAAGAACUGCGAAAACAGUUAAAGAUCUCAGAGGAGCUUCUGACAGAACUUACACCGAGCUACUCGGAAGAAAGUACAAAAGCAUUUAGCGUACUGAAAGAGCUUAAAGAAAUGUCUCAGGAAGUGGAUGAAGAGCUUCAAAGGAGCUUCACAAGAAUGCUGAACCUGUACUCUGAAGUUAGUAAAGAAGUUUCUCUGAGUAACCAAAGAAAAUGCGAAGAGAAGCAUGGACUAGAUGUUAUGAAGCACUGGUACUUCAAAUAAGUUUGUAUAUUGUUUUGCUAAGUGGGGGGUUACUAAGUCAGUGCCAGCAGAUUUGUUACCUUUUUACUUCUUGUAUGAAAGUAUAACUUGUCCAAAUUUUCAGUUAUACUGGAACAUGAAACCAGCAGCACAUGUGCUUACUGAUAAGGAAAAAAGGAGUUUUGUUCUACAUGCUGUCCCAUGAGGAGGCUUUGAUUUUUGAACGUGAAUUUCUGUGACCCCUUUCUCAUCCCUUUCUGCAUUGACAGUACUGAAAGGUAAAGAAGAAGAAAAGUUAUUGGCAAAUGUAACCAAUGUAUUAUGAAAGUUCUUGGUUUACUUUCUUGUACUGGUUUCAGGGACACUGAUUUGCAUCUCUUUCCAAAGUAGAGUUCCUUACAGGACAACAUAUCAGAAUCUAGAUGUGGAAUUGCGUAUGUGGUACUGUGCAUCUGCUGAUCUUGUUAGGAGGUUCUGUAGGGAUGGUAAUUGGUCCCUCCAUGAGCAGCUUUUGGAGGAACACUUUAUUGUCCCUUAUUUCUGGAUUUGCUGAGAGGAAAAACUACGUGGGUAGUAAGUAGCGAGUAGUUGGAAGGAACUCAAGUUACUUGUAACAAGUGAAAAGUUUUGGUAAUUUGUUGCCUAAUUGUCUCGGAAUCAAAUUAUUAAAAUCAUAAAUGCUUUUGUAUUCAUCUGACUCCUCUUGAAGGAGUUUAUUUUUAAUAAUAAAGACUAUUUUCCACUGCUGUAUCAA